AUGGGUAGUGAUAGUAACAAUGACCAUAAGGCUCAAUGCAAUGGGGUUGACUCAUCUAAAGAACCUGUUUUUAUGCAUGGUGAAUUGAAUCUGUGGAUUUUAGAAGCUAAAUCUCUUCCAAAUAUGGAUUUAACUUCGGAAAGAAUGAGAAAAUGUUUCAGUGUGUUUGGACCUUGGCCUGCACUGCCUACAACUCGUCCUGGCAAGCAUCCGGGCAUCACUAGUGACCCUUACGUAUCUGUUUGCCUAGCAGGGGCUACAGUAGCUCAAACUGGAGUAAUUGCAAACUGUGAAAACCCUUUGUGGGAUGAGCAUUUUUGUGUUCCAGUUGCUCACCCUGUCGUAAAAUUGGAGUUUCAUGUCAAGGAUAAUGAUAUUCUUGGGGCUGAACUUAUUGGAGUAGUGGAGAUAUCUGUGGAGAAAAUCCUUUCAGGAAGCGUAAUUAAUGAUUGGUUCCCUAUCAUUGGUCAUUAUGGGAACUGUCUGAAACCUUAUCCUGAAUUGCAUGUUUCUAUUCAUUUUAGGCCAAUUGAACAGAUUUCCCUACAUAAGAAUGGUGUUGGUGCUGGGCCAGAUUAUAGAGGAGUUCCAAAUUCAUACUUUCCUCUCCGCAAAGGAGGGAGUGUGAUUCUUUACCAAGAUGCUCAUGUACCUGAUGGUAUGCUACCUGAAAUUUCACUUGAUGGGGGAAAGGUUUAUAAGCAUGGUAAAUGCUGGGAAGAGAUAUGCCAAGCAAUUUUGGAAGCUCAUCACCUCAUAUAUGUUAUUGGCUGGUCUAUAUACCAUCGUGUAAAGCUUGUGAGGGAAUCAUCAAAGCAGUUACCUGCCGAAGGAGUACUUUCCCUUGGGGACCUGUUGAAAUACAAGUCACAAGAAGGGGUCCGAGUGAUUAUGAUGAUUUGGGAUGAUAAAACUUCACAUGACAAAUUUCUGUUAAAGACGGAAGGUGUCAUGCAGACCCAUGAUGAAGAAACUAAAAAGUUUUUCAAACACUCUAGUGUCCAUUGUGUGCUUGCUCCUCGUUAUGCGAGCAAUAAGCUUAGUAUUUUCAAGCAACAGGUGGUGGGAACCCUUUUCACACAUCAUCAGAAGUGCGUAGUUCUUGACACUCAAGCUUCUGGAAACAACCGAAAAAUAACUGCUUUUAUUGGUGGUCUGGAUUUGUGUGAUGGCAGAUAUGAUACUCCUGAGCACAGGCUUUUCGGUGAUCUUGACACUGUCUUUAAAAAUGAUUUUCAUAAUCCUACAUUUCCAUCUUGUGUCAAUGGCCCAAGGCAACCAUGGCAUGAUUUACAUUGUAAAAUCGAGGGUCCUGCUGCAUAUGAUAUAUUGACAAAUUUUGAACAAAGAUGGAGGAAAACAAAAUGGCGCGACUUCAGGCUCAAAAAGGUGACUAAAUGGCAUGACGAUUCUUUAAUAAAGAUAGACCGGCUCUCAUGGAUGGUCACUCCCUCUUCUGGUCCUGAUGGUGAUCAUAAUGUCCGUGUUAGUGACGAAAAAGAUCCUGAGAAUUGGCAUGUGCAGGUAUUCCGAUCCAUUGAUUCAGGGUCUGUGAAGGGAUUUCCAAAGGGUGUUCACGAAGCUGAGGCUCAGAAACUUGUCUGUGCAAAGAACUUGAAAGUAGAUAAGAGCAUCCAUGCUGCAUAUGUGAAAGCAAUAAGAUCAGCACAGCAUUUUAUAUACAUAGAGAACCAGUAUUUUAUUGGGUCAUCGUAUUAUUGGCCUUCAUACAAAAAUGCAGGUGCAGACAACUUGAUUCCUAUGGAAUUGGCCUUGAAAAUUGCCAGCAAAAUCAGUGCAAAUGAAAGUUUUGCUGUAUAUAUAGUGAUACCAUUGUGGCCAGAGGGUGUCCCAACUAGUGCUUCUGUGCAGGAAAUUUUAUUCUGGCAGGGACAAACAAUGGCGAUGAUGUACAAGAUUGUUGCACAGGCCCUUGAAAAAGCAGGCCUUUCUGAUCAUUAUCAUCCACGGGAUUAUUUGAAUUUUUACUGUCUUGGUAAGCGUGAAGCUUCAUCUUCGGGAAGUUCAUCUCAGAGGAAUCAAGAAACUGAAAACCAUUCAUUGGCAGCAGCUCAAAAGUUUGGUCGUUUUAUGAUUUAUGUACAUGCUAAAGGUAUGAUAGUUGAUGAUGAAUAUAUAAUCAUGGGAUCUGCAAACAUUAACCAGAGAUCCCUGGAUGGUUCAAGGGACACAGAAAUUGCUAUGGGUGCUUACCAACCAAACUACACAUGGGCAGGAAAGAAUUCUCAUCCACACGGCCAGGUAUACGGCUAUCGAAUGUCUCUAUGGGCUGAACACCUUUGCGAACUUGAGGAUACCUUUCAUGAACCACAAAGCAUUGAAUGUGUUAGGCAUGUCAAUAAAAUCGCCACAUAUAAUUGGGAAGCAUUUGUGGCUGAGGAGGAGAAGGAGAUGAAGGGAAAUUUAAUGUUGUAUCCAAUUCAGGUCAGCAGAGAUGGAAACGUCAGUUCAUUGAGUGGUUAUGAAUCCUUCCCUGAUGUUGGUGGUAAAAUACUUGGAGCCCCCACCAAUCUUCCAGAUGUAUUAACCACUUAACUAGUUAAUUUAAGCCUGGAAAUGAAGUCAAUGAUAUAUAAGUUUGAAUAAUUCUAAAUACCCCCAUACACUCAAAGAAUAGAGAGGGAUGAUGUUCAAAUUUUGAUCUACAAUGUUGUUGGUUUUAACUUUUCGUCCCUAAUGCACAAAACUCCACUUCUAUGGUUAUGGGAAAGAUGAUUGAUACGCAGCCUUACCACAAAUUGUUUUUGGAAAGGUUGAUUCCUGGGAUGGUUUUAACAUGUAAAGUAUAUAUUUGUGCAGUCCAUAAAGGAC